AUCAUGACCGAAGUCCUCCUCUCUGCUGCUCUGAACGGAACUGAAGCCAACCUGUUGUCCAGCAGCGGCUGGUCUGCCGGAAACGCCACCACUAAGUGCUCCCUCACCAAAACUGGCUUCCAGUUCUAUUACCUGCCCACCGUCUACAUUCUGGUCUUCAUCACCGGGUUUUUGGGCAACAGCGUGGCCAUCUGGAUGUUCGUCUUCCAUAUGAGGCCCUGGAGCGGCAUCUCAGUUUACAUGUUCAACUUGGCACUGGCCGAUUUCUUGUACGUCUUGACUCUGCCCGCCCUCAUCUUUUACUACUUCAACAAGACGGACUGGAUCUUCGGAGACAUCAUGUGCAAGCUGCAGAGGUUCAUCUUCCACGUCAACCUAUACGGCAGUAUCUUGUUUCUAACGUGCAUAAGCGUGCACAGGUACACGGGAGUGGUGCACCCCUUGAAGUCGCUGGGGAGGCUGAAGAAGAAGAAUGCCGUCUACAUCAGCACCCUGGUCUGGGUCGUCGUGGUGGCCGUGAUUUCUCCCAUACUCUUCUACUCGGGAACGGGGAUACGGAGAAAUAAGACCACGACGUGCUACGACACGACAGCCGAUGAUUACCUGAGAAGUUACUUCGUUUACAGCAUGUGCACCACGGUGCUGAUGUUCUGCAUCCCGUUCAUUCUGAUUCUUGGUUGCUAUGGGCUCAUUGUGAAAGCUUUGGUUUACAAAGAUUUGGACAACUCUCCCCUCAGGAGAAAGUCGAUUUACCUGGUUAUUAUUGUGUUAACGGUCUUUGCGGUGUCUUACCUUCCCUUCCACGUGAUGAAGACCUUAAAUCUGAGAGCCAGGCUGGAUUUUCAGACUCCGCAAAUGUGUGCCUUCAACGAUAAGGUUUAUGCCACUUACCAGGUGACGAGGGGUCUGGCCAGCCUCAACAGCUGCGUCGACCCUAUCCUUUACUUUCUGGCUGGUGACACCUUUCGAAGGCGGCUUUCCAGGGCGACCAGGAAAUCGUCCAGAAGAAGCGAACACAACGUGCAGUCCAAAAGCGAGGAAAUGACUCUCAAUAUUUUAUCUGAGUACAAACAGAACGGAGACACGAGUUUGUGAGCGGAUGCAAAGGAUUUGGGAACGGUCUGACGAAAUCCUCCGCUUUGAGACAGUGGGACGCUGUAGUGCUGCAAGUGUGUGAGGAAAACCUUCCAGCCUCUCAGAUUCCUUGUAGGUAAAGCCUCGUUUUCUGAUCUUAGAAAAAGAUUAACAAGGUCAGCAGAAGAAUUUUAGUGGAAAAUAACACGUCAAUACUCAGCUUUCCUUCUCCUUGCAAUACUCUCAUUUCUUUCUGACUGGUGUCAGAUAAAGUAAAAUGAAGUAAAUCCCCU